AUGGCGCAAACCGCCGUCGGCAGGCUCUUCCGCCAGAAAACCACCAGCUCGGUAUGCCAAUCCAUGCUGAGGCCAUCUCAGGUCCGCAGCUUUGGCAAUAAAGCAGCAAUCCCAACUUUCACUUCAACACCCUCCGCCGAAUUAAAUGAUGCCCUCGACCGCUUCCGACAAGAGCUUUUCAUUCCCCUCGGGCUUCCUAAGCGACAGAGAAAGAGUGUGUUCAAGGCGAAAUACGCCCAAACAUUGGAACAUGACCCGAUUACCGUGAAGAUCAGCGAAAACGAAGAGUUUACCCUAACGCCGAAGAACAAGCACGAAUUGCCAUCCAAGAAAGAUGCCAUGGAAGUCCUCCACAUGAUGGUUGCGACCAAGAACUUCAGCAACCUUUUCCCAUUCCUGAGCGGCCUCCGUAUGUCGAACUAUAUCCUCAACAAUGACCGAUGGGAGUAUAUCAUCCGCAAAGCUGGCCAGGCCGAUAAGCUCGGAGCCGUCAUUGAGUGCGCCAGACAGUGCUCCCGCACCGGUUUGAGUCUGAGCAACAUGAACGUCGCUCGCCGUCUAUUCUUCGAACUUCACCAGAUGGCGCAGCGCGCGGACUACCAGGGCAAAGAAGUCGUCAAGGCUUUGGAUCUGGCAGAGAAGGCGGCCAGUUUGAUGGACAGCCCCGAGCACUCUGUCAGAGACGACAGUGCCAGUGACCCGAAGCAGCAGCCUUUCGUUAUUGGUACGCUUUUGGAACUCAGUGCCGCUUGUGCCGUUGAAAACGAGACCGCAAAGACCAAGGUCUCCGACUAUGCUCGGAAGCUUGAGGCUGCUUGGGAUCUCGGCAAGUUCACGGAUGAUUAUCCCAGCCCCUCUGAAAAGCAGGCUCGGGUUGAGGAGAACCUCGCCGUUAUCCAUGGCAUUAAGUUGGCCCAUAAGCUGGAGAAGCCGUCUCAAUCGCUCGUUGCCCUUAAGUCGCGCAUGAAGCCGAUUAGGGCUAUCCUGGCUGAGCAGUUGAAGAGUGUUAAGAACAAGCAGGUGCUUAAUGACCAGGUGGCUCAGCAGUUUAUCAAGUGGUAG